AUGGCCUCAUCAAUAGCAGAAUUGAACUGUUUGUACAACGUCAUCAAAAGACAUUACAAUUCUCAGGAGUCCCUCAAAUUAGAGGAACAACAUAUCAGACUGUCUGGGCAUGAAAUGGAGAACGUCAGAGGAAUUAAAAGUUGUACAACUACAUUUAAGAGGGAACUGUGGAAACGUUUUAGGACUUUACUCGUGCGUCAACUGAAAGAGAAUGAGGUCAAACUCAUCCAAGAAUUAAAGGAGCCAAAAUCAACUGGUGACUGGAAUGUGGUGGACUAUUUGGUGAAAUACGUCUCUACACCGUUAGAAGAGCGUAUCAACUUACCUGUUCCACCCGCCUAUUUGGUCAAGCCUGCCUCUAAAGGUUUAAAUAUGGCUAAAACUUGGUGCUUAGAAAGGUUGACGGCUUGUGGAAGAUUUUGCGGGAUCCUGUUUAAUGUUUUGCUGAUGAUAUGGAUUUCCAAGGGUGCUUCCAGAAUAUGGCCUGGCCCUUCUGAUACUCGUGGCAGUGACCACACAGAUAACUCCCCCGCUAAGCCCGACACUCCUCCCACUAGCACUGACAACAAGGACAUGCGAUCUACCAAAAAUGAUGAUAUAAGUGUACAAGUUGCAGGCAAAGGAUUGAAGAUGCUCCUCGAGAGUUCUCUUGAUAUCUGA